CUAAUCCGUCUGUUAGGAACAGUGAGCUGUGUGUGUGUUUACAGGAGCAGCACCCCUCACAUGGCUGCAGGAGUCCGGAGCUGUGCGUAAAGAGAGAGAGGAGAGGAGAGGAGAGGAGCGGGUCCUGAAUAGACGCUCCGUCCGUCCGGCUUCAGUCCCGUUAGAUGACACAAACGCGCUUCAUCCCAUGUUGUUCACCGGGAAGCUGCCGAAGGAAAACCCGACUUCAGUACAACAAAUAAGGAUGCAGCUAUUGACUUGUGCUUGAGAAGAGACGGAGCUGAAGCACCCCGUGAGCACUUAUCGAUGUUAUCCUCAGCGGUGCAUAUAUUAUAGUCAUUUAUCUUGGACAGGAGAGGCCGAGCAAGGUGUCAGGAAUGCCCCCUGUCCUCCUGCUAGCUGGGUUGAUUCUGGCUCUGUCCAUCCCUGGCAGAACGUCGGAGUCAGCCACGCUGCGGUUUCUCGGGCAGACUGACUUUGUUGUCCACGAGAGCAGCGGAGCUGUGAUCCGGCUGGUCGUGGAGAGAGUGGGAGACCCGGUCAAUGUGACAGGUUUGGUUGUGCUAGAGGGAGUCAACACAGAGGACUUUGAAGCCAUUAAUGCUGUAGCCUUCCUGCUGUCCACUGAGUCCAGUAAGACCAUCUUCAUUGGUGUGAAAGAUGACGACUUGCCUGAAGCCGAUGAGACAUUCACCUUCAACCUUGUACUAGGGAGCUCCUCUAAUGGCGUGACAAUAGGAACACCAAACAAGGCAACCAUCACCAUCCUGUCCAAUGACAAUGCCUUUGGAAUAAUUGCCUUCAACUCGACUGAAGAGAUCAUAGUCGAUGAGUCAAGAGGGAGGAACCAGUUGGUGCCUUUCACCCUAAUCAGAGAAAAGGGGACAUUUGGGACUGUGACUGUGAACUUUGAGAUCUCGGAUGGACCUAACCCUGCCAUUGAGGACCUCAGUCCGGACAGAGGAAACAUCACUAUUUCUGUAGGACAAGCUGUAGUGCACUUCAGUAUCAUCAUCCGGGAUGACCAGAUCCCAGAAGAUGAUGAGGUGUUUUCAGUCAGGCUAACGGGUGUGGCAGGUGGAGCCCUCCUCAGGCCCAACGCCAGCAGUGUCCAGCUGAGAAUCCGGCGUAAUGACAGCCCACUGCGGUUCUCCCACUCUAUCAUGGCGGUACCAGAGUCUGCUGGAGUCAUUGUCCUCAAUGUGACCCGCGGUCGGUUGACUGAGGAUGGGCCACUCAUCGGCUCUGUUGACACUGAGGUCUCUGUAGAUUACAUGGUGGUGAGUGGUGAAGGACUGGGAAGCGCCACACCAGCUGUGGAUUUCAUCGACCUACAGCCAAGGAGAACAGUUAUAUUCCCUCCAUUUGUCUACAAGAGCAGCCUGAUGUUCAAGAUCAGUGAUGAUGACGUGCCAGAAAUCGCAGAAUCCUUCCAUCUGGUCUUGCUGGAGGAGACCAUCACAGGAGACGCUGUCCUCGUGUCACCCAAUUCUGUGCUAGUGACCAUCGAGCCCAAUGAUAAGCCUCAUGGCGUCCUGUCAAUCAGCAGCAGCGCAGUCAUCCAGCCAAUUACCAUCAAUGAAGACAUGACACAGAGAUUUGAAGGAAUCAUUAUUGUAAGAAAUGGAGGCAGCUAUGGUGCUGUGUCUGCCAACUGGUCCAUCAGUAGGAACUCCAGUGACGGCUCCCCAGUGUCUGAUGAUUUGAUUCCUGAAGAGGGAACAGUGAGAUUUGCCGCCGGUCAGGUGACGGCUGUGAUUCCAAUAAACAUUGUGGAUGAUGACGUACCUGAAGAAGCAGAGGCGUUUCUUCUCAAGCUGCUGCCUGAUACUGUAACUGGAGAUGCAGAAGUGGACGAACCCAUGGAGAUUGUGUUCUACAUCCAAGACAGUGACGACGUCUAUGGGCUUUUUCGGUUUGACCCGACAAAAGAGCAAAGCAUCCAGAGUCAACCUGAGAGCCGUUUCCUGUCACUACAUUUCCUGCGAGACGGUGGUACACUAGGUGAUGUGUCUAUGACCCUCACCGCCCUCUAUAUUCCUGCAGGCCCAAUAGACCCAGCACUGGCCCGUGACCAAGUUCUAAAUGUUAGCAGAUCGGUGAAUGUAGUGUUUUCCAGUGAGCGGAUGGUACAUGUCAUACUGCCAAUCAGGAAUGAUGCCUUUCUGCAGAAUGGAGCUCACUUCUUAAUACAGCUGAAUACACUGGAGCUGGUUGACGUCAACCUUCCAAUUACUUCAAACAGCCCAAGGUUUGGGGGACCUCUCAACCUGACCUUGACCGUCACCCCUGACAUUGCUAAUGGAGAAAUCGGCUUUACGAGCAACACCACAGUGGUGGUUUAUGAACCAGAGCACAGCAAUUCCAGCACAGUAAGCCUCCCUCUGCGGCGUGACGGGACAGACGGUCAGGCGGUAGUGUUCUGGAGUCUUCAGCCAACUGGAGCCAAUCAUGAGGAUAUAACUGCUGAAGACCUGGAACCUCUAAGUGGCUCUGUGGUCUUCCUCUCGGGGCAGAGUGAUGCGUCCAUCAACUUCACUAUCAUGGCUGACGAUAUUCCGGAAGUCAACGAGACCUUACUGCUCACUCUGGACAGGAGUAAUGUUGAGAAUCAGAUCCUGAAAGCUGGCUUCACCAGCAGAGAGAUUGUCAUCAUGGAAAACGAUGAUCCCGGGGGAGUUUUUGAGUUCUCCCCAUCCUCCAGAGGUCCAUAUGUCAUCAAUGAGGGGGAAACUGUGGCGCUGCAAGUGGUCAGAGCCCAGGGACAGCUGCUGAAACAGCUGGUGCGAUAUGCUGUCAUGCCUUCAGGCAUCACUGAAUUCGUUGGUGCCGAGGGCGUCCUGGAGUUUAAACCAGGGGAGAGAGAGGUCGGGGCUGCACUGUUGGCAUUGCGUGAUGGGGUGCCUGAGCUGGACGAGACUUUCUCCGUGGUACUAAGUAGCCACAGCACUCCACCCAGUCGCCUAGGCAACCACAGGCAGGUCAACAUCACAGUGAGGAAAAACGAUGACCCCUUUGGCGUCAUCGAGUUCAUCCGAUCAGGACUGACGGUGGCCAUCAAUGAGAGCAAAGGAGACAAGAUACACCAGGCGGUGUACCCUGUAGUGAGAAACAGAGGUCACUUCGGAGAAGUGUCAGUUUCCUGGGUUUUAGAUCCAGACAUGUCCGGAGACGUCAGCCCCAUCCAGGGAAAUAUCACCUUCAGGGAAGGGGAGUACCUCAAAAAUCUCACUCUCUUCUCUCUACCCGAUGAGAUCCCAGAGGACAUGGAGAAUUUCACCAUCACAGUGUUAAAUGCUACAGGUGGUGCAAGACUGGGAGACAUACUCAAUGCCAGUUUACAGAUUAAUAAGAAUGAUGAUCCUAUUUACUUUUCUGAACCUGUGGUCGUGCGUGUCCAGGAAGGGGCCGUUGCCAACUUCACCGUUCUGAGAGCAGGACAGGCAGACUUUGUUGCUACGGUGAUGUACCGCGUGGAGUACGGUGAUGCAUCUCCAGGAGACCUCACCAUCCUGAGUAAUGACACGUUGCUGGUGUAUGACGUGGGUGAGUGGAUGAAGAACAUCUCUGUGGCUGUGGAAGACGACAACAUACCGGAGACUGAUGAGCCCUUUUACAUCGUUCUCUACAAUGCAACUGGUGAUGCUGUUCCGUAUGGAGCUGACACAGCUACUGUCGUGAUUGAGGCCAACGAUGAUGCCAAUGGGAUUUUCUCCCUGGAAGCUGUAGAGAAACCUGUUGAAGAGGGCAAGACCAAUGAUUUUUAUGUCUUACGUUCGAGGGGCCAUUUUGGUAACGUUACAGUCUUCUGGCAGCUGUUUGCCAAUGACUCAGUGACUCCUCUGGAGGAAAACCAGGAGUUUACCAACACAUCUGGCUCCAUCACCUUCACUACAGGGGAAGAGACCAAGCCUAUUGUCCUGGAGGCCAUCUCAGAUAAGCUUCCAGAGUUCAAUGAGUUCUUUGUCCUCAGGCUGGUUAAUAUCUCAGGUGGUUACCCAGGGGAGGGUGGACGACUAGCCGAGACUUCUCUUAAUGCUUCGGUUCUCAUCCCUUUCAACGACGACCCAUUUGGUGUCUUUGCCAUUGCUGACAGCAACCUGGACCAAGAAGUAGCUGAAGAUGUACUCUCAGAGGAUGAUAUGGCUGAUGUCACUUCCUUUACCAUCCUGCGACAGCAGGGUACUUUCGGUGAUGUGCGCGUUGCCUGGGAGAUUGUUUCUGGCCACUUCCCAGAGGGCCUUCCUCUGAUGGAUGACCUGCUCCUUCUAGCCUCCUUCCCAGAUGAGGUUGAGCUCAGGCCCCAUGCCAGGCGACACCACUCAGCCACAGACACGUGGUUUUUCUCAGGGCUUCCAGGAGCUUAUGGGACCAUCUCUCCUGAAGAUGGGCCUGCUGAUGUUGGCAACUUCACCUUCUCUGCAUGGCUAGUGCCCAGACCAGACACUGACGGCUUCAUAGUCUGCAAAGGAACCAGGAAUGGGACCUUGUAUUACGGAGUGAAAGUCCACACCAAUGAGUCUCACGUCACGGUGAUGCUGUACUAUACAGUAACCGGAUCAAACAACACACAGGUGGCCCGAGCCACCGCUGAGAAAUUUGUAGAGGAUAACAGGUGGUUACAUGUCAUCAUUACUGUUGAUGAUGGGAUUAUUGAGUUCUUCCUGGAUGGGAACCCUAUUCCUGGAGGAGUGAAGAGCAUCAAAGGAGAGGGCAUCAUGGAUGGACCUGGGUCAGUGUUUAUUGGAUCUGAUCCUGAGGGCGAGCAGCGGUACACGGGUCUCCUCCAGGAUGUGCGUUUGUACAGGAUUAAGCUGAACCGCAGCCACAUCCACGAGCUUCACGCUCAGCCAGCUAAAAUAGACCUGCGUAACAUCUCAGGUUACCUGCGGUACCGGCAGGACGAGAGGCAGAAGUCGUUUGUGGUGGAGGUCAGGGAUGAUAACGAGGAGGAAGGAGAGGAGGUGUUCUAUCUACAGUUGGUUGCAGUUCGUGGUGGAGCUCGCCUCCCUUUCCCCAGACCCACUGCUAUUUUGCGAGUCAUGAAGAGUGACGGUGCCAACGGGCGUUUUGGAUUCACCGGUGCCUGCAUACCUAAUACCACUGAGGAGGGCUCCACUAUCUCUUGUGUGAUUGAGCGCAUGCUGGGAUCUCUGGACCGCGUUUAUGUCAACUACAAUGUUACCCAGCUGGAUAGCUCAGACAGUGAGACACCAGCCUAUGAGGAUUUUGUUAAUGCCACUGGAGCUGUGCUUUUCAUGCCUGGACAGCGCUCUGAGGUGCUGAACCUGCUGGUGUUGGAUGACAACCUCCCAGAGCUGGCAGAGACUUUUCAGAUCAUGCUGGUGUCAGCAGAGUCCGGUGAUGGGAAGCCAGGCUCCACCCCCACCAGCGGUGCAAGCAUUGACCCAGAUAACUCUGUUAACACUGUCACUGUCACAGCUAGUGACCACCCCUAUGGCCUGCUGCAGUUUCAGCCCAGUCCUCCAGGGGAGGGAUUGAUCUCUCCAGCGUCAGAACCUGCUCACAUAACUGUUGACGAGGAAGAUGGGACUGUCCAACUGAUGGUGGCCAGGGCUCAAGGCCUUUUGGGGAGGGUCAUGGUAGGAUACAGGACAACCCCCUUUACAGCAUCCAGCCCUGAAGACUAUGAGGACUCGGAAGGCGUGCUGGACUUUCUUCCAGGGGAGAGGUUAAAGUUUGUCAGUGUGACCAUCAUAGACAAUCCUGUUCCUGAGCUGGACAAGAUUUUUAGAUUGGAGCUCUAUAACGUUGAUGGAGGAGUGGAUCAGUUUCUACGUAGUGAAGGAAGUGGUAGUGGAGAGAGUGACUCUGACUUCCUCCUUCCAUCCUAUCACCACCAUGCCAGCUUGGGAGUUGCAUCCCAUAUCAGAGUGACCAUCGCUGCUUCUGAUGAUGCCCACGGAGUGUUUCAGUUCAGCCCUGAAUCAUUGUCUGUUAAUGGGACAGAACCUGAGGACGGACACAGCUCUGUGGUCCUGCAGGUGGAUCGGUCCUUUGGCGACCUCUCCAAUGUAACUGUGUAUUGGGAGGUUGAUCCCAGCUCUGAGGGGGAGCUCCUCAGCAGGUUCGGGAACAUCACAUUUGGUGUAGGUCAGACAUCAGAGGACAUAAUCAUCAAUGUUGCCCAGGAUGAGAUCCCUGAAUUGGACCAGCACUUCACUGUGUCCUUGGUUAACGUCUCCCACGGUCGUCUUGGUGUCCAGACAUCUGCUAAUCUGACUGUGCUGGCCAGCGAUGAUCCUUAUGGUUUUUUUGUAUUUGCUAAUGCAACAAAGCCUAUCCGGCUUCCUGAAGCUGACUCAACUGUUUCCCUCACCAUCCUGCGACAGAGAGGACUGAUGGGUCAGGUGCGAGUCACAUAUGGGACACUAAAUGAGGCAGAUCCGGCACCUCACAGGACCCCUGGGGUGGGCCGAGCCACUGAGGAGCAGGAUUUUGUUCCCCUCCUGGAUUCUGUUGUGUUCUUAGCCAAUCAGAGUGAAGCAAACAUCACCCUCCGAGUGCUGGAUGAUGAGGAUCCAGAAAGAGACGAGUCAGUGUUUGUGAAGUUGAUCAGCGUUCAACUCAUCGAAGGAGAGCAGGAGAGGCUCAUUUCCAAUUCCCCUUCUCUGGGACCCAGGACUGACAUCAUAGCUGAGGUGAUAGUGGAGGCCAGCGACGGUGCUUUCGGAGUCCUCCAACUGUCGGCAUCUGCUGUCAGUGUAGCUGAGCACUACGUUGGGCCCAUAAUAAAUGUAACACGUGUUGGUGGGAUUUUCGCGGAUGUAUCUGUCAAGUUCAGAGCAGUGCCCUUGACCGCCAGAGUCAGUGAGGACUACAGCGUAGCCUCCAGUGAUGUGGUGCUCCUAGAAGGAGAGUCAAGUAAAUCUGUGCCCGUCUAUGUCAUCAAUGAUGUCGUCCCUGAGCUUGAGGAGACCUUUCUCAUCGAGCUGAUCAACCAGACCACUGGAGGAGCUCUCCUGGGGGGACUCACACGUGCCAUCAUCACCAUACUGCCUUCAGAUGACCCCUUUGGUGCCUUUGUCUUCCAAGCUGUUCCAGUUACCAUAGAAGAACCAGGAUCUAACUCCAUUGAUGUAACGUUGCCUAUAGUGCGUAAUGCUGGUACUAUUGGCACUGUGGUAAUCCAAUGGCGGGCCACCGUAAAUGGUAAACUAGCCGUGGGGGAUAUCAGACCCAUAUCGGGAGAAGUGACAUUCGCUCCUGGAGAGACCAUGAAGAUGCUCCGAGUUGAGAUUUUAGCUGAUGAUGUACCUGAAAUCACGGAGAUAAUUAAGGUGGAGCUUACUGGUGCCAGUAAUGGAGGAAACCUUGGAGCCGAUACAUCUGUUAACAUAAUAGUGCCUGCCAAUGACAACCCAUAUGGGACGGUCCACUUUCAACAGUCUGUUUACCGAAUUCAGGAGCCACUGGAGGGAGUUUAUAGUGCCAAUAUUAGUGUCCAAAGGAGUGGUGGUCACUUUGGGCGCUUGGAGAUUGUAUACAGCACCUUUGAGAUUGACAUUGUUGGCUUGGCUCUGGAUGAUGGUCAGAACCUGCUAAUAUACUACGACCUUCCAAAACCAGGCAUUCCAUCCACUGCCCCCGUUAGGACGGUUAACAUCACUGGUCAGGGCGACCCCCUGGAUGCAUGUGCUGCUGCUUGUCUGAGAGAGCGUGCCUGUGAGGCCUUCUCUUUAUCAUCAGGGGUGACUCCACCGUCUUGCACUUGGGUGACUUCAGGAGCUGACCAGCUGUCUUCUGAAUCUCAGGUUAUGACUUAUGUAAAAAACGUCACAGCAGCUGCUGUCCUGUUCAGUGCCCAGGCUGUGGCGGGGAGCGAUUACAUCCCUGUGACAACUCAGAGUGCUUUCAUGGACGAUGGGUCAGGGGUUGCCAACCUCUCAGUCCCAAUCUUGACUGAUAAAUUCCCUGAAAUGGAUGAGAGCUUCGCCAUACAGAUCUUAAAGGUAGAGCUGAUGAAUCUGACUGUGGCUGAGAAGCACCUGCCCUCGAUUGGCCAGCCAGACAAAGCAAUGGUCACUAUUGGGAUGAAUGGAGAUGCGUUUGGUGUCUUUUUGAUAUAUAGCCUCAGUCCCAACGCCACGAACGAUGGGCUCCAUCUAGAGGUUCGAGAAGAGCCUACGGUUGUGGUGCCCCUGGUUAUAGAGAGGAGAGGAGGGAAUCUGGGCACUGUCACCGUAGAGUGGAGGUUUGUUGGAGGAGAGGCCACACUAGAUGCUGACUUCACUGCACCUGGGGGGACUCUGGUCUUUGAUGGAGAGCUGAAGAAGACAAUAGAGAUAGUAAUCAGAGAUGAUAAUGAGCCAGAGGAUAACGAGAGCCUCAUGAUCGGUCUUGUUAAUACGGCGGGUGGAAGUCGAAUCCUGCCAAGCUCCGACACUGUAACCAUAGUGAUAUUGGCCAACGAUAAUGUGGCUGGGAUAGUAGGAUUUCAUCCAGCCUCACGUUCUGUCAUCGCCAGAGAAGGUGACAGGUUGUCCUUAUUAGUGUUGAGAACUGCUCCUGGUUUGGGUAAUGUCACUGUGGACUGGACACUAAUAGGACCCCGUGUAGACCAGACCUUCACCCAAACCUCAGGGACACUUUUCUUCACUAAAGGAGAACUAAAUGACACCAUAGUCCUGCAGCUCCAUGAUGAUGCCACACCAGAAGACAAAGAUGAAUACAAAGUUUCCUUGUCCAACAUAAAAACUUUUGGCGUUGCGGUGACAGGCCAUGCUGCUCUCGAUGUUCAGGGCAGUGAGGCAGUGCUUACUGUGGACACCAGCGAUCAGCCCUAUGGGCUGCUGACCAUUGCCCCAUCAUCACUUAGAGUGACCACAGAGGAACGGGACAGAACUAUAAACAUCUACGUCAACAGAGAGUUUGGAGCCUCAGGAGCGGUCAAUAUCACCUAUGAGAUUAUAAAAGGUUCUCUACAAGACCUGUCCCAGGUUGAGGGUGCUCUCGCUGAACCUGGACAAGACUUCAUCUCUGGUGCUGGUUCUGUAAUCCUUCAGGAUGGACAGACUUCUGUUGCCAUUCCUGUCAAGAUACUGGAGGAUGACAUUCCAGAGCUGCAGGAGUUCUUCCUGGUCAACAUAACAUCAGCUGUGCUCAUCACAACCCUCGCCACUGUUCCCCAGCUAGAGGUUGUGUAUUGCACACUGCCAGACACCCAGGGUCUGGUGGCAGAGGUUACCAUUUCUGCUAAUGAUGGAAUCAGAGGAGUCAUUGAAUGGACAAACACCAUGUUUGAAGUGAAUGAAACAAUCGGGACAAUGACUCUCGUGGCCUACAGGAACAAGGGGACGUAUGGAAAUGUCUCCCUUUUGUUCUAUGCUCAGAACCUGGAAGCUCAACAGGGACUGGACUACAAUACCAGUGAAACGAUGCUCCAUUUUGUUGAUGGCGAAAGACACAAGUUUGUAGAAGUACAGAUCAUCGAUGACGCCAUUCCAGAGGGAGCAGAGAGAUUCCAGCUCAUCCUAGCCGAGCCUUCCCCUGGGCUGGAGCUGGGCAAGAAUACCACAGCAACUGUGAAUAUCCUGGCAAGUGAUGAUGGACAUGGCGUCAUUUCCUUUAACACCAGCGAGCAUUUCUUACUGAAGGAGCCCACGUCUGCGUCCGGGCUGACUGAGAGUGUGGCCACCCUCUACGUAGUCCGGAACCCUGAGGAAGGCACAUUUGGCAUGGUAACCGUUCAGUUUACCAUCACUGAUGCCAACGGUACUCUGGCAGAGGGCGAUUUGAUGCCAGCACAAGGGUUUGUGGUACUGGAGGACGGAGUCAGAUUCAAGAUGCUGGAGAUCUGGGCAGUACUGGACGCUGACCCUGAAAUGAAUGAAACCUUCACGGCGACACUGUCCAACCCAACCGGAGGUGCACGGCUGGGCGACCAACUCCAGAUUCUCGUUACCGUCCUGGAAAACUCGGCUCCUUCUGGCUUGUUCCGCAUCGUACCGUCUAAUAAUAGAACUAACACAGAAGUGGUCGCUGAUGAAGGCAGAACAGUCUUCCUCACCGUGUCUCGCAGUAACGGUCUGGAGUCAGCUGUCAGUGUGGAGUGGGAGACAGAGGCUGACACAGCUAUUGCGUCUGAGGGUCCCCUCCCCGUGAUGGGUGUGUACCAGAGCUUUGAGGACAACCCCACCUCUGCUUGGUGCUCCCUUCCCAGAGGACCUUCUUUCCUGGCUAUGAGGCUGGAUAGGAGGCCCAAUGUUGGAUUCUCCCACACAUUGGCCAGUCUGUAUCGGUGGCAGGGUGUUUUUGUGCCAGUAGAGACUGUUAUGAUUCAGGACCCCAGCUCUUGUGUUGGGUUUGCAGUGAAUGGCACUACCUACAUAGGCAUCACACAUAGUGGCCCUCCUUUCUCCCCUGCUGCCAACCUCAGCAUCUUCAAAUUGCAGACGGACCUAAAUGUCACCUUGGAGCAAACUUUAAGUGUUGAAGCUCUGGAUGUCAAACACUUCUCCACUGAAGGCAGCGAUUAUCUGAUAGCAUCAAGCCAGAUUUUUGUCUGGAAUGGACACUCCUUCACCCUCCUCCAGACUCUUGACUUUGAAGAGGACAUCCUCAGCGUAACUCCAUUCACACAUGCAGCUGUGCCCUACCUGUUGGUGUGCAUGGACAGACAGGCCGACAGCUGUGUCCUGCUUCAAUGGACCAAUGAACUAUUUGAAAACCCAGAACCUCUGCAGCUCAACGGCAGAGCCAUUCAGGUGGAGACAAUCAACACAAGAGCAGAGGACACUCUCCUGUUGGUUGUAAUGGAAGGUCUCUCUCCAUCCUGUGAGGUGUUACAGUGGCGCUCAGGGCAACCUUCACCACAGUUUUAUCAGUCCAUUCCUCACCCAGGCCUCACCUCCGUUCACCCCUUCACUGCUCCUUCUGGGAUCACUUAUGUCAUGCUCGCUGGAAGAAAUGGCUCGUCACUCUACUCCUGGAGGUCUGAUGUCAACCUGCUCACCAUGAUCCUGAGGGCUCCUCCAGCCAUUAGCUUCCUCUCUCUCAUGGUCCCAUCCCUCAACACCAACAAGACCCUCUUGGCUUCUACUGUGGAAAAUAGCUCCACUGUUUAUGAAUUCACUUCUGUCUCCAAUCAGUCUGAUUUCAUACCCAGUUUUGGGGAGUUGUACUUUGCACCAGGCGACAGCGAGCUAGAGUUAGCAGUGAACGUCAUGGAUGAUGACAUCCCGGAGGUGGAGGAGUACUUCCACGUCGGCCUGAAGAAUCCAAAGGGUGGGGCUGAGAUUGGAUUUGGUGGUCAGGUGACUGUCAUUGUCCCAACCAAUGAUGAUGCCCAUGGAGUCAUCGGCUUUGCUCAGGAUUCUCUGUCUGUGGAGGUAGAGGAGUUGGAGCAAAAUAAUCAAAUUUCUCUCAGCGUGGAGAGAAAAAGAGGGACUUUUGGCAGACUGACUGUUCACUGGACUGCCAAUGGCAGCCUGGCAGACAUUUUCCCAACUUCAGGAGUGGUAACCUUUUCAGAGGGACAGUCGAUGGCCAUCAUCUCACUGACUGUGAUAGCAGAUGGUGUCCCAGAGCUGAAAGAGAGUGUCACUAUCGCCCUCAUGGAUGUCACCACUGUGGGGCUGCAGGACCUACGUCAGGCUGCGGUCAUUGACAAGCAGCGGGCACAGGCUCUACUCACCAUCCUGCCAAAUGGUUCUCCCUACGGGGUGAUCGGAUGGCAUCUGGACUCCCAGUUUACACUAACACAAGAACCAGAGAGGAUUCCAGUCAAUGUCACGCUCUCUAUAGUGAGGGAGCAGGGUUCUUCAGGAGAGGUGGAAAUCCAUUACCAGACCAGGCCAGCACUGUACCAGCCCCCCUCCAACCAGGCUACUGCAGGCCAGGAUUACACCCCCAAAGAUAACACCAUCAUUAUGAUAAAUGGUGCUACUGUGGCCCUUGUCACUAUCACAAUCCUACCGGAUGACAUCCCAGAGUUGGCAGAGAGUUUCCUGGUAAAUAUCACCAGUGUGGAGCUCGUUAGUGGGUCAGUGGGAGCAGGGCAGCCCAGUAUAAAGAGGCCUGGCAUGGAAGUAGCAGAGGUCACCAUCGAGGAGAAUGAUGAUCCUCGAGGGAUUCUGCAGUUCAACGUUUCUGAGGUGCUGGCAUAUGAAAUACCACCACCAGACAACGUCCUCUAUCUGUCAGUGGUGCGACUCGCUGGUUCAACUGGAAGACAAGUCAUGUACUGGGAGGCUGAGCCGAUCACUGCUGAUCUUAAUGACUUCAGCCCCACAUCUGGUAACAUCACCUUUCAAGAUGGACAGAGAGAAGCCAUGAUUGCCAUCACCAUCUUGGAUGACGAACAGGUGGAGACUUCUGAGACCUUCAGAGUGAAUUUACUGCGUGUGAUUGGUGGUGCUCGACUGGGAGGAAUGACCUCUGUCACUAUCAUCAUUCCACCCAACGACUCACCUCUCGGACAAUUUGGAUUUCAGGAACUAGAGUUUACUGUCAGUGAGCCAGAGUUUGUAGAUGAUCCUGAUGCUGUAGCAACACUAACAGUGCUACGUAGUCCCGGAGGCAAGGGGGCAGUGACACUGGGGUGGCAGCUGGAAGAAAAGGCUAAAGAUGACCUUUCACCUUUAAAUGGAACUCUUGUCUUCACUGAGACCGAGUCUAUGAAGACGUUUGUGAUCAGAGCCCUCACUGACACGCUACUGGAAGGAGACGAGCAUUUCACUGUCCGGCUGUUUCCUGAUGAGAGCGGUGCUGUCAUCAACCCAGUGAAUGGUGUGGCCACAAUCACCAUCACAGCAGACAAGGCUGCCCUGGGGAUUAUUGGAAUAGCAGAGUCUUCCAGGAAUAUCCUCAUUGGAGAACCUCAUGGAGAUUACAAUGGCAGUGCCGUGGUCAGCCUUGUACGAGGACCAGGUGUGUUUGGAGAGGUCCAGGUGUACUGGAAUAUAACUCCAGCUGUGGUUUCUGAGUUUGAAGCGAUCUCUGGCACUGUGACUAUGAGGGACCGACAGUCUGCUGCCAGCAUUAUUCUGAAGGCCCUGGAUGAUGACCUCCCUGAAGAGCGCCGCGAGUACCAGCUUACACUCACCUCCGCCACCUCUGGUCUGGAAAUCAGUCCCAUAGCCAUGCAUGCCAAGAUUAUUAUGGCAGCCAGUGACAACCCCUACGGCCUGUUCUCCUUCACUCAACACCAGAUCAGCGUGACAGAGGAGGAGGGAAUGGUGAAUGUGACAGUUAAUCGUUCCUUGGGUAGUCUGGGCAGCGUGUGGGUGACCUACCAGACCACAGGCAACACAGCGGUCAGCGGAGUGGACUUCACUCCAGCCUCAGGACGACUACUCUUUACACCAGGCCAGACCUCACAACAAAUUAUACUGCAUAUGCUGGAUGACAGUCUUCCAGAGGCGCUGGAGAUGUUCUUCCUCAACAUCACUGAAGUGGAGCUUGUCAAUGUCAGUGGUGUGGACUACACAGUGAUGGAGUCGGGCCUCCAGCAGGACCAGCCUCCAGCUAUAGGCAACAUUUCUUCACUAGUCGUGGUCAUAAAACAGAACGACAAUGUUGAGGGUGUCCUGGAGUUCAUGGAGAAUUAUGUCAACGUUACAGUCGAGGAGGAUGUGGGCUUUGUGUUGAUCCCAGUGGUGAGGAGAGUGGGCUCAUAUGGACUGGUCUCAGCUCAGUUCAUUUCUCGAGGCCUGAGUGCGACCCCUGACCUUGACUACAUCCUGGACAACGGCUCAGUGACGUUUGACCAUGGCCUGAACACCAGCCAUAUCAAUGUCACUAUUAUAGACGACCUGGACAGUGAAUAUGCAGAGAUAUUUGAGGUCCAGCUGGUUGGAGCUACAGGGGGAGCAGUUCUAGGCUCUCAUCGUGUUGCCUGGGUGACCAUUGCCAAAAGUGACUCUCCAAGUGGGAUGGUUCGUUUCCUCAAUGAGAGCCUAAUCACUCUGGUCAACCCUAACUCCACUCUCAAACUCAGUCUUGUUUUGGAGAGAGCAGGAGGCCUGGUGGGCAAUGCAACGGUUGCUUGGAUCAUCCGUGGGCCUAACAGCAGAGAGGUCCUUCCUCCGGUCAAUACAGACAUUAAAGAACCAGUGAACGGGUCCUUCUUCUUCAGGGAUGGAGAGGAAGGCACGCGCUCGAUAGAGCUGCGGAUUCUCCCCCAUGGGGAGGUGGAGGUGGAGGAGAAGUUUGUUAUAGAGCUGAGCAUUCUGUCCGGAGAGUUGGAUGUUGAUCCUCAUGCUGGUUCUGUAACACUGAAGAUAGAGAAGUUUGGUGACCCAAAUGGCAUAGUCCAGUUUACGGAGGAUGCUCUACAAGAGCGUGUCUACAAUGAAUCUACAGAAGCGGAGGGCCCAUUCAACAUUUCCCUCUCGAUUACACGCAGAGAGGGUGUCAUGGGUAACAUCACGGUGCAUUGGCAGAUACAGAGUGACUCCGAUAUAGCAGGUGACUUCCUGACAUCAGCUGGCUCUGUGACGAUCCUGGAAGGCCAAAGGACGGCGGAAAUAAUCCUCAGUCUGAUGCCUGAUACGGUGCCAGAGCUGGAGGAGCUCUACACCGUCCAACUCACAGCUGUGGAGGGUGGUGCUACGUUUGAUGCCAACCCAAACCUCCUCAGAACACACAUCAGGGUGCGUGCCAACGAUGAGCCCCACGGUGUCUUUUCCCUUGACCCCGAGCAGCAGUCUAUAGUCGUAGUGGGAUCAGGGUCUGAGAUUACCAGAGCUCUGGUUAUGAAUGUGACGCGACUGGCCGGCUUGUUUGGCAACGCUAGUGUGGGCUAUAAGAUCAGUGGAAGGAUAGAUGAAGUGAUGGACAUCACGGAGAUACUGGAAGGACAAGAUGAAGGAAGGCUGUUCUUCAGAGAAGGCCAAACCUUCGGUACAAUCACUGUGCCCAUCAGUAGCCAGGUGUUUUUGUCGGUCGGUGAAAGCUUCACAGCAGAGCUGACUGACGUUAGACUAGUCAGUCCCAUCCACGGCACUCCUCCUCGCCUCCUUCAUGAGGCCAGCGCUGCUACGGUGACUGUGCCCGAAGAAGCCGCCAGCUCUGAGGUUGGCUUUGACUCCCUGGCUCUGCAGGUUUCAAGUAUAGAAACAGGGACUUGUGAAGCAAAAGUGACACGGACGGGCCUGUUUGGGGACAUCAGGGUCCAGUGGCAAGCUGGGUAUCCUUCAGGACAGGCUCCACCUGGGCUCACAGUGGGAGCUAUCAACCCAAACUCAGGCUCGGUGACCCUGGCCCAUGGAGAGAGGACUAAAGCCAUAUCGCUGACAGCUGUCGCUGAUGCAUCUGAGCCAGCUUACUAUGCGAUACAUCUCACUGCUGCCACUUCUAACACUUCUGCUACUGUCAAGCUCAGGUCAGGAUUUACUGUGGCAGAAGUGGAGCCAUUGGGAAUCUACCAGUUUGCCCCUGAUUCCCGCCAGCUAGUCAUUGCAGAGGACAUCCAGACUAUAACACUUUAUGUUCAGAGACUCUACGGUUCACGUAGCAACAGCACCCGCCUGUCCUAUACAACAGUAUCAGGCAGCGCGACCGCUGGAGAGGACUUUAUUGCAGUGCCAGAUGGCCGUUUGGUCUUUGACUCACCUCGCCAAACCAACACUUCCUUCCGCCUUUCAAUACUUGACGAUUCUGUGUCAGAGGCCGAUGAGUACUUUCACAUCAACCUCACAGAUGUUCAAGUCCUUACUCCAGACUUAGCUUGGGCGGAUACCUCUCCUCGCCUCAACCCUCAGCACAGUUUGGCCACUGUCACCAUCCUCGCUAGUGAUGUGACCGGAGGACUGCUGAGUAUUGGACCUGAUGUGGUAACACCUGAGGACAGGGAUGAGGAGACCCAGGAGGAGCGGAGGGUGGUUCUGAGGGUGCGCAGGUCAGACAGUGCAGCUGCGGAUGUGAGGGUUCGGGUCCAAGCAUAUGGAGAUGGAAGUACAACACCUCUUCCCUUUGAACUGGAGCCUGUUGGGACCCUCGCAAAGGAGGAGCAGGACUUCCGCCUGGAGUCCACUAUAGUGUCCCUGCAGGCUGGUCAGAAUGAAACGGAGGUUAUCCUGCUCAUCUUGGACGACUCAGAGCCUGAGGGACAGGAAGUGUUCUUCAUUUACCUCAGUGAUCCAGAGGGGGGAGCGCAAAUCACAGACAGUCCAUACCAAGGGUUUGGAGCUUUUGCCAAGAUCACUAUCCUGGGGAGUGACUUCCAUAACGGUAUUGUAGGGUUUAGUCUUAAUUCCCUGAUGGGCCAAGUUCUGGAUGAGGAUUCAGAGAACAGAACCGCUCUCCUCUAUCUGCAGAGACAGGAAAACAGAGCUUUUGAGGAUUUGCAGGUCCUCUGGAGAGUUACCUUCAGCAAAGCAACUCACACUCUUGUCAGCAACGGAGUCGAUCUAACCAGACAGCUGGUGCAGACCUCAGGAACCACACUGUGUAGGAGAGGAGAGAUAAUCUGUGCUCUCACUUUGGAGGUCCUGCAUGAUGAGGAACCGGAGAACCAGGCAUGGUUCUUGGUGGAGAUUUAUCAAGUCGGUGUCGGUGCUACCAUUAAUGAGACCACCCGGUUUGCCAACAUCACCUUGGCAGAGAGUGACGAUCCUCAAGGCCUCGUGUACUUUGCCGUGGGCUACAGACUUCCCAUCGCCACCCGGACGACCACAAGGCUCAGUCUCCAAGUCUACAGACGAGCAAGCACAGCUACAGUCAUGUCUGUACGAUACCGCACAGUCGAACUUUCCAGAGAUGAGAUGCUAGGUCCCACUAUAAUCCGUCCCGCUAAAGAAGGGAUGGAUUUUCCUAAACAGGAGGGUAUUCUUACCUUCGACGUGGGCCACAGUAACACCUCACUGGACAUUGACCUCACGCCUGACCUCGCCUCGUCCGUGCCCACACCUAAGCGAUUCCAGGUGGAGCUCUACAAUGCUACAGGAGGAGCCAGAGUGCACCCUGAGUUCGGGCUGGCUAAUGUGACUGUGGUGGCAGAUGAAGCAAGUGAAGCUCUGUGGGGCUUACUGGACCAACUACAUCAGCCGCUUGAUUCAACUAUACUGGACCAGGCGCUGCAAGGACUGAUCAAUCAAAUCAGUACACCUCUCACUCCUGAGCAGAUGGCCGGCGUGCUUGAAGCUCUGGACAAGGUGCUUGCAGAGGGAGAGAGGGCUCCUUUACAGGGAAGCAGCCGCAAUUUGACCUACGACCUGCUGUGCGCCCUGGCCAAUCCCAGCAGAGUCGACACCAGAGGCAUCAGCCACCUUGCAGGAGUGGCCGAGCGAUUCGCAUUCAGCCUCCUCACGAACAGUCAGUGUGAGAUAAGGGGUACCAUCCUGGAAACGUGUCCAUAUAUGACCAUCUCUGCCUUUCAAUGGUACCCCACGGAGAUCAAUGGGUACAGAUUCAGGGGCCAUAAUGGAGACUUCUUCCAGCUCCCAGAUACUCUGCUGCCAGUACCAGCGGUCUCGACUCCUAACUGUGGCAACCUCAGUCAGAUUCAGCUAACUGAGUUUAGAACUGAACACUGGUUUCUCACCAAUGAUACAACCACUGCUCUUAAUGGGAAGGUAUUCUCAGCCAGCCUCCAGGACAGAGGGUCACGACCCCUGGAAGAUGGCAAUGAGGUGGUGUAUCGUAUCCACAGCCCCGGUGAGCAAAUUAAACCGGGCCAGUCUCUGUGCCUUCUCUGGAACCAGACCACUGCAAGCUGGUCAUCAGAUGGUCGAUACUGCAGGGUUGUGAAAGAAAGUGGGAACUAUGUGGAAUGUGCCUGUUCCCACUUGUCUAUCUACACAGCUUACGCAGAGUUUGCCACCCUUGCGUCCUACAACGAGGCCUUCUACGCCUCGGGAUUUAUCUGCAUCUCAGGCUUUGCAUUGGCCAUUAUAUCCCAUGUGCUGUGUUCCCGUUCCCCCAUGUUUGCUGCCAAACUGCUCUCUUACAUGAUGGUGAGCUGCCUUGGAACCCAGAUCUGUUUCCUGGUGUCAGCUUUCCGUGGCCGAAUGUUUUCAGAGGACAGCUGUGCUGCUGUGGCGCUCUUCGCUCACUAUUUCCACCUCAGUCAGUUCUUUUGGAUGCUCAUACAGGCGGUGAACUUUUGGCAAAUCCUGGUGAUGAAUGACGAGCACACAGACCGUCGACACCUCCUCUACUUCCUGCUGGGCUGGGGGCUUCCUGCUAUGGUGAUCAUUGUCCUGGUCAUCGUCUUGCUUGGCGGCUUCGGAUGGACGAUACACAGUGUAUACGGACUGGUGCAAGGGGAUGUGUGCUUCAUCCCAAACAUCUAUGCAGCUCUGUGCACGGCAGUGCUGGUGCCUCUCAUCUGCCUCGUCGCAGUGCUCGUCGUAUUCAUCCACGCCUACCAGGUCACUCAGCAGUGGAAGGCCUAUGAUGACAUUUACCGUGGACGGACCAACAGCACAGAGGUGCCGCUGGUCCUCUACCUGUUCCUGCUCAUCUCCCUGGUCUGGUUGUGGGCAGGUCUACAUAUGGGCUACAGGAACCUGUGGAUGCUCAUCCUCUACGUCAUCUUUAACUGCUUGUUGGGCCUGUACGUGUUUGCAGUUUACUUCAUCAUGCACAACCAGGUGUGCUGGCCGACUAAAGCCAGUUACACAGUGGAGAUGAGCGACAGUCCUGACUCUACCUACCAGGGAGGAGGACCUACCACUAUAGGGGGCGACAUCAGCAAAUCAACUCAGAAUCUCAUCAGCGCCAUGGAGGAGGUGUCAGCAGACUGGGAGCGUGCGUCGCUGAGGCCGAGCAGUCAGCCCAGCAGCGUGUUUAAACCCAGUCCUGUGAUGGGGACGUACACCACCGAAGGAGGCUUCAUCAACACCAACCUUGUCACCGCAGACGAGGAGUCGCAGGAGUUUGACGACCUUAUAUUUGCCUUAAAAACUGGGACCGGCCUUAACGUCAGCGAUAACGAAUCCAUCCCCGGAAGCCACGACGGAGGGAGCGUAGCCAACUCGCAAAUCGUUGAGCUGAGACGAAUCCCCAUCGCCGACACACACCUCUAACCUGUUCACCUCACACAGACCCCCACGUCCUCCUCUAUCGUCAUAUCAGAAAGAAAUUACAGCACAGUAUUUUUAUAUUAUGAAAUGCUUUUGCACUAAAACAGUUUUUUGAAUAGUUUUCAUAUAGAUGUUUGAUACUGUAUGUGAUUUUUUACUGUACAUCUGUUUAUAUAUAUAUAUUUACAUAUAUAUAUAUAUAAACAUAUACAUAAAUGUUUUACUAAAUUAAUUUUUUAAACGUCCUUGAUGGAGUUGUUUUCUGAAUGUAUAUUUUGAUUUUUUUUUUCUGUAGAGAUUUAGCAAGUGAGCUAGUCAGAUGUGCCCUCGGCAGACUGCUGAGGAGGGAGAUUGUGUAACAUUGUUAAUAAAUGAUUCACCGUAUAUUUUACAUUUGGCUGUGCUGAUUCUAUCUCUCCUGCUCAUGACUCGUCACACGGGCAUUUUACUACUGGAGGGUCCCCCCUGAUGGUUAUGUAAGUGAGUCACCGUGCGGUCAGCGGCGACACCCAGACAGAGGAUAGUUUGUGUGAGUUAUCACUGCCUCACAGGACGUUCGGAAACUGGUUCUACAGCCAGAGGACUGUAAUGAAUGAAAAUGAUAACAAUGUAAGCAAUGCAACUAGCUUCUGUGUCAUGGUUGAGUCAUCUUUGAGGAUCGUCUUUGGUCUGUGCCGCGAAGAAUCAGGAAAGUAAAAGCAAAAAAAUUCCCCUUUGACCUUGACAUCAGCUUUGAACCGCGUGGAAUCCGGUGUCUACUUGCCCCGUGCACCGACCUUUAACCUCUGUCCUACAUCAGCUCCACAUCUAAGCGCACUAACUGGUUGCGUGAGAGGCUGCUACUUUUACCGCAGGGGGAAGAAGUUUACAAGAGGGUCGAAAAAAGGUCUAGACAGGCCAACGGGAAACAGGAAUCAUCCAUCCAUCCGUCACCGCCAAUGCUUGAUCGUUAAAGCAGCUACUCUCCCAGGUUCAUUCUGGAUGGUUGAGGUCACGAUAAUGAGAGCGCUGCAGCAGCAGGAUACGAGUGUGCUACUUGAAGAUAUUUUGACACUAAGGAACCGGCUAGAAAAUGUUGUUUCUUUAUAUACCUCCCUCCCGCUGGUUAAUGGCUUCAUUCUCCUUCCUGCAGGCGAAUGGGGGUGAGACUGAGGGAAGAAUAAGAGGAAAGUUUUCUCCUUUAACAGAUGAAGUAGUUUAUUUUUAUUUCGGAGUUGAAUCGGUGCCAGAGUUCCUCACUCUGAAAUCUAUAAAACUUAUCGAUCCUCUCUCUAGUGGGAGAGGUGGCAUGGCUGGAGGUGCAGAACUCUCCUUUCCCCCCUGUUUUUGUUUUUCUGUCCAACUCUUCCACCACUGAGGGCAAAGAAACGAGAAACUGUGGGGAUUUGGAGGGUGGAGAAGUUGCUGAAACAUCUUCAUGUAUCCUGAAACAAAUUAUAUCACAUCCCCAAAACACAACAGUGAUGAUUAGUGUGGGUGUCUUGUCUCUGUUUUCUGCAACAUGAUUACAUCCAUUUCGAGAUCCAUCCUCGAACCAUCAGUCUUUCCUCGGGGAUCUGAAGAGAGCAUCGCUGUAAUGAGCAAAGGAGAGCAAAGAAGUCAUUACUCCAUUUAACAAGAUUUUAGCUUUUCUAAGGGGCCUGUUUCAUUGUUUACUCCUUCUUAGAACAGCAGUUAAGACACA